AAAGUCAUGUGACAAUAUCACGUACAUUUGAAAGAAGAAGAAGUGAGACAUCAAAAAGUUUCAAGAGACGGCAUACAAAAAAAGCGACUCACAAAAGGCAGACUUUAACGUUUAACACUAGUGAUUCGGGUAAAACGAACCAUGGGCGGCCAAUUGACAUCUCCGCGAAAAAGAGAUAUUAUUCUUCGGCAAAAGACCGAGGAACUUGAUGCUGCAAUGCAAGAGAUGAAAAGACUAGAGUUGCAGGUCAAAACACAAAAGGAGGAAAACAACAACAAAAGACAAAGAGUUCAGGAAGUAAACAAGUCUAUUUCUGAGAACAGAAAACUAAUGGAGGAACUGUUAAAAGAACAGGAGGAGAGAGACAAGCUAAUGGAAGAGAGGGAGAGCGCGAUGUGUUUAUACAUUGCUGGAUUAACCAUCUCUGAGCUGGUUGACAGAACGGUUAGCACAUGUGAUACAUGCGAGACAGAAAGUUCCAUUGAAGACCUGCGCUCAAAGAAAAGGAAAGCUGAGAUAGAGCUGGCUGAGCAACAAGAAAUCCUCAGCAACAUGAAGAAGACUGGGGAUGACCUAGACAGGGAAAUUGAACUGCUAAAAAAAGAACUAGAACAAGCCAAGGCAAAGCCACUAACAGCUGAGACUGGGACUCAGGCAUCAAUAGAAAUGUCUGACACACUAGUGCAAACAACUUGUGUCUUAACAAACGAAUGCGAGACACAGACAGAGGCUACCUCCACAGACCAAGAGAUCCAAACCGACCCACUACCAAAGAGGAGGGGUAACCCUGUGACCCGUGCCAGGCGGCGCUUGAGGGAGAGAGUGCGUGAUCUCCGAAACCGUCUCCUCCCUGGUGCAGCUGCUCAGUAGAAGGUUCCUGGCACACUUUGGUCAGGCUGGAUUGACUGACUUUCCAUAGCUUAGCGAUUAAUUAUUAAUCUCAUCAAUUAUUUAUUACUUAGUACCUGGGACACUCCAUAUUCAUUCUACUGAUUGUAUAAUAGCAGUGGAAUGUCAAAGGUUGAAGCUGACAAAAAUGCUCAAGGUUGAAGUUGACAGACAUGUACGAUUCUAGUAUCAGCUUAAACAUGACAACUGGCUGUUUUACACUCACAUUUUUUACAUCUUUUAUGAAAAUGUACUAUUUUGUUCAGGUACACCUUGUGGUCACUGUGCCAUCUUAAGGGCCACACCCAGAGCACCUGUGUACCUUUAGGGCGUCAUCUGCAUAAGGUGUUCCGGAUGAGUGGGGGUUAGGGCGGGAAAGGGUUCCGCGACACCAUGUUUUCAUGGGCCCCCAUGAUUCCGAGUUGGGUGUGGCCCCUCUAGAUGUUGACUUGUCAACCCUUUGCACAGCCACAUGAAUGAAACAUCUAAAAUUGAAUGCCUUGCAGUGAGUGUAUGACAGUCAAGUUUGUAUCUGUAAGUAGGAAAGAAUUGUUAAUGACUAGGUUUUAGCUUGUGCUGAUGUACAUAGAACUGUAAAUGAGAAAAGAGAAAAUAAUAUAUUUGCAGUCACUA